CACUUGCGGACUUUUGCCCUUUUCUUUGAGCAGUUGCCUGCAUCUCUUCCAUCUCCGCUUUUAUUCCUGUCCUUGCUUUACAAGCAUACACUUGCAGACACUGAUUUGUAUCAUGGAGAGUCUCUGAUUCAUAAAUUUCACAAUGCUUCCUGAUCUAUGGUCCUCCCCCUGUGGAAACCACUGUAACAACAAGUUUUCUGCUCUCAUGCAGAUACCAUGGAGAGUUUUCUGCAAAAAGGGAUGUGAUUGUGAUGGUGACACUUGGGAGGACUGUGUUGGGGAAUGCAAUGAGAUAUGCUAUAAAGAUCCUGUUCUAAAAGACCAUCAAUGGAGUGCUUAUAUUGACCGUUCUCCAGGAGCUGACCAUUACUCUUCGAAAUGCUUCCAUGCCUGUAUCGCAGGUUGUGCACAUAAGUUUAAUAUUCCCUCAGCAACUGUAGACAUGGUUCAUCCAAAUAGACCUCCCAAACCUCAGCCCACACCUUCACCUGCAGAGUGCUUUCUUUUCGCCGAGGACGUGCCAUGCACAUCAGCUUAAUAAUCACUUCUCAUUGAGAACCCUCACUUCUGUGUGGAUUGUAUACAAUGAGGAAGUUAUCUUUUGUACACAAACACUGUCACAUGUAGCAUUGGACAGCUUGGGGGUAUCAUUUCUCCCCACGAGGUCCAGAAAGGAAUUUCUCAUACUUCGAGUGUGGUCAUUGGUUCUCCUUCAACAGCCUGAUUUCACAUUUGAGGGUUAGGGGUGAGUUUGACCUUUUUAUACUAAAGGAAAAUUGUCUGGUUCUAUAUUUAUCUCUAGACUAUGGAAAAGAGAGAGAACCCAACUAACCCUGUUAAAAUAGAAGUGGUGCCAUCAUAUAGCAGAGUGUCAUCCAGUCCAUGUUCUAGUGCUUAGUUUUUUUAUCUCAUUUUAAGGAAGUGGAUCUCUCUUGUAACGACCCUUUAUAUGCUAAUGCAUGAUUCCAGUCCAUGUUCUAGUGCCUAGUUUUUUUAUCUCAUUUUAAGGAAGUGGAUCUCUCUCUUGUAACCACCCUUUAUAUGCUAAUGAAUGAUUAUGAACUGGUUGAAAUAGUUUUGAG